AUGGCAUCUACUCCUAGGCUGGAUUUUAGGGUAUCUCGAGGCUCUCGUAGUACGAUCUCUCCGCCCAUCCCACGAGCGUACGAGUGGGCUUCAAGAUAUGUACCGACACCAACGCGGCCUCUUCUAGAUAUGGCUCAGGGAGUACCAGGCAUACCUCCGCCUGAAGCUCUCCGAGCAGCGCUCGGGAAGGCGGGAGCUAACCAAGCCAGUUUCGGAUAUUGUCCUUGGUCCGGGGAGGAGGAACUACGCGAGGCCCUGGUAAGGGAAAUGAAACUUGUUUAUGGAGAAGGGACAUAUGUGAAAGCGGAGGAUGUUGCUUUGACUGCUGGGUGUAAUAUGGCUUUCAUGGCUGUCGCGAUGAGUAUCGUUGAUAGUGGCGAUGAGGUUAUUUUGCCCAUGCCCUGGUAUUUCAAUCACCAAAUGAGCCUCAAUCUUCUCGGCGUUGAAGCCAUUCCCUUACCAACGCUUUCUGAGAAUGGAUUCACUCCAUCUGUCGAAAGGUGCAGGGAAUUAAUUACACUGAAGACGCGGGCGAUCGCCCUGGUUACACCGAAUAAUCCGACGGGGGCAACUUACUCACCCAAAUUAAUCUCAUCUUUCUUCGACCUGGCGCAUGAAUACAAACUCGCGCUUAUAAUUGAUGAAACUUACCGCGAUUUCAUCACAACUUCGACGCCUCCACACAACCUUUUUUCCUCUCCACUGACGCCCUGGCGUUCGACAUUUAUUCAUCUUUUUUCCUUCUCAAAAUCUUACUGUCUUCCCGGACACCGGCUAGGUGCCAUCGUCGCUUCUCCCGAGCUCCUGACAACCUCGGUGAGAAAAGUUCUGGAUAGCAUGCAAAUCUGCCCCCCGCGCCCUAUUCAACAGGCGCUUGGUCCUUUGUUGCCUAGCCUCCGCGGUUUUGUGCGGGAAACGGCGUUGGCGCUUGAGUCGAGGCACAUUUUGUUCAAAGACCAUCUUCCGGAAAAAUGGAGGAUUGGCGCGCAAGGAGGCUACUUUGCGUUUGUGCGACAUCCUUUUGUUCGCGUCUGUGCUGUGGAUGUGUGCCAACGAUUAGCGGAGGAGGUGGGGGUGGUCACACUUCCUGCCCGCUUCUUUUCUGAUGCGCGCGAGAGGGAAUCUGGUGCUGAGGGGGAAAAGGAGGAGCCAGUAGAGGAAGAGGAGAGGUGGAUACGAUUUUCGGUUGCAAAUAUUCCCGAUGAGAAGGUAUUGCAGGUCUGUGAGCGGUUGAGCGAAAGUGAGAAAGUUUUUGGAUGGAAAAUGUGA